CAAAAAAGACAAGACUGGGCUCUCAGGGGUGGGCGUCGGCCCUUACCGAUGCCAGCUGUGUCUACAGACUUAUAAUGCUCACUCAACCCCUACGCGCGAGGAUUGGGGGGAAAGGGAGAUCGUCCCUUCUCUCUUCCUCUCCAUCCCGCUCACCCUAUCACCAACAAGCGUCGAGAAUCAACCACUCGAGGUCGUUUGCACAACACUGUCAAGAUGAAGUACUCCUACGUCCUCCUGGCCACCGCCGGCCUCGCCGUCGCCCAGCAAAAGUUCACCGACGUUAUCCCCAAGUGCUCCGUCGAGUGCCUCACCCAGGCCGUCAAGGACGGCACCAAGUGCAGCAGCAUCGACGACUCGGCCUGCAUCUGCGAGGCCACCAACUACCGCAACAUCUACACCGUCGGUGUCCCCUGCGUCCUCCAGUCCUGCCCCAGCGACGUCGCCACCGGCGAGCUCCUCCCCGCUGCUGCCAAGUUCUGUCGCGAGGUCACCAACGGCGCCUCGGUGCCUCCCGUCGAGUCCGCCUCCGCCGCCGUCUCAUCCGCCAUCGCCUCUCUCUCCUCCGCUGCUGCCUCGGCAUCGGCUUCCGCAUCGGCCUCUGUGUCUGCUGCCGCUUCCGGCGUCACUACCUCUGCCUCCGUCACCUCCGCCCCCACUGCCGCCGCUUCCGGCUCGGGUGCCGCUGCUACCAGCACGGCUCAGCCCGCCGCCGCCCCCGCCAUGGGCUCUAUGGGCACGUUCGGUAUGAUCGCUCUCGGUGCUCUCGCCGCCUUUUGAAAGGGCUGAGGGGAUUGUUGUACAUAAAGGGUCGAUAAAGGGAUAGGUGUCGGGAAAGACGCAUGUACACUUGAGACUCUGUUCACGAAAUAAUAAUACGUCAAUAAUCAAUCAGAGCGUGUAUGGGAAUUGCAAAUGGUCAUGUUCGUGUCUCGGCAACUUGGUCACUGGACCAGCACAGCUCUCAAUUCAUAUGGCCACAUUUGCAAUGGAUCUACCCUCGGCUUCUCAUGCGUAACGAGAUUGCUCGUCUUAUAGCGGAACGGUGCUUGAGG